AUGUCAGCUCCACUCGGGCCCCAGGGCCCAGGCGCUCCCCCGCCGGCUGGAGCCCUACCCGACCUGCCGGACCUCAGCCACCUCACCGAGGAUGAGAGGAAGAUCAUCCUGGGCGUCUUGGACCGACAGAAAAAGGAAGAUGAGAAGGAACAGUCAAUGCUAAAGAAGUUGCACCAGCAGUUUGAGAGCUACAAGGACCAGGUGAAGAAGAUGGGGGACGAUACGACCCCGCAGACAGGGACGACAGGAGAACCCCAGAAGAACCCCAACGACUCUCCUACCUGCGGGAUUUGCCACAAAACCAAAUUCGCUGACGGCUGCGGCCACCUCUGUUCAUAUUGCCAAACGAAAUUCUGUGCUCGGUGUGGAGGACGAGUGUCUCUGCGGUCAAAUAAGGUUAUGUGGGUAUGCAACUUGUGCCGAAAACAACAAGAAAUCCUAACCAAGUCGGGGGCGUGGUUCUACAGCGGCGCCGCAGGGCCACGGGGCGUGUCUGAGGGCCCCAGGGGUCGACGUCACGAGGAGGCCCCCCAGGAGAAGAAGGCCAAACUGCAGCAGGAUCUCCUCUACCAGGGGCCCGCAGGGGACGUAUCAGCAGACAGAAGCAGACCUCCCGGACUCCCCAGACAAGGCUCCCUCAACAACGGCUCAGGGCUGAGGCACUCAGUCGCUUCUUUUUCUUUGACGGACAGGAAACGAAGCCCAUCAGCAUCCAGGGAUCCAAACCAAAGAUACGACCAAAGGGAGGAGCGGGGUCAGUAUGCCCCGGGGGACGGCACCAUGCCCAGAUCACCGUCCGACUACGGGGAUGGGGACACUCGGCGUGGGGCCCCACGGAGGUACCAAGACGCUGAGGCAGCGCGGGGGGAGUACCGUGGUGGGCGUGGCCGCUGGCGCUCCCAGGAGGACUACCCUCUGGACCAGGACGGGCCCUACCCUCUAGACGGGCAGCCCAGUGAGUACGAGCUGCAGCGCCAGCGCCAGGAGGAGUACCAGACACGCUACCGCUCCGACCCCAACCUGGCCCGUUACCCCGUCAAGCCCCAGCCCUACGAGGAGCAGAUGAGGAUGCAUGCUGAGGUGGGCCGGGCCAGGCACGAGAGGCGCCACAGUGAUGUGUCUCUAGCCUACACGGAGCAGGACGAGCCCCAGGGACCUAUCCGCCUGUCCAGACAGCACCUGACCGAGCGCCGGCCGCCCAUGGUGGGCCAACGCUCCUACUCCAUGGACAGAAACUCCCCCACCCCUGGAGGCCACCACCGGACCUCCAACCACAGCCCCCCCACCCCACACCGCAGCCCCGUGCUGGGGGACAGGUCAGGGGACAUGAGGCGGGGGCCAGGGGAGCCAAUAGGGUUCAGGAGUCAUGAUUAUCUGGACCCCAGCUCUGCAGUCAGGAAGACCAAGAGGGAGAAGAUGGACACCAUGUUGAGGAACGACUCUCUGAGCUCUGACCAGUCCGAGUCCAUCAGGCCGCCGCCACCAAAGCCCCACAAAACCAAAAAGGGGGGUAAGAUGCGGCAGGUGUCCCUGAGCAGCUCGGAGGAGGAACUGGCCACCACACCGGAGUACACCAGCUGUGAGGACGUGGAGAUAGAGAGUGAGUCUGUCAGUGAGAAAGGGGACAGUCAAAGGGGGAAAAGAAAAACUAUUGAGCAGGCAUUUUUGUCCGACUCAACACACAACACCUUAUCUGAGAGGCAAAAGAAAAUGGUGCGCUUUGGGGGCCACUCAUUGGAAGAGGACGCAGAAUGGUGCGAACCCCAGGUUAAAGACUCUGGCGUUGACACAUGCAGUAGCACUACCCUAAACGAGGACAAUCAGCAUAGCCAUAGUGAGAAGCAUCCAGUGACAUGGCAGCCCUCCAAAGAUGGGGAGCGCCUAAUAGGGCGGAUUCUGCUCAACAAGCGGAUGAAGGAUGGAAGUGUACCUCGAGACUCAGGAGCACUGCUGGGACUGAAGGUGGUGGGUGGAAAGAUGACAGAAUCUGGUAGACUUUGUGCUUUCAUCACUAAAGUGAGGAAAGGAAGUCUAGCGGACACUGUUGGACACCUCAGACCAGGCGACCAGGUGCUGGAGUGGAACGGGAGGUUUUUACAAGGAGCCACAUUCAAAGAAGUUUACAAUAUCAUUCUAGAAUCAAAGCCAGAACCCCAGGUGGAACUGGUGGUCUCAAGGCCCAUAGGAGAUAUUCCUCGGAUACCAGACAGCACACAUGCACAACUGGAAUCAAGUUCGAGUUCCUUUGAGUCUCAGAAGAUGGAUCGCCCCUCUAUCUCUGUCACGUCUCCCAUGAGCCCCGGGAUGCUGCGGGACGCCCCCCAGUACCUGUCAGGACAGCUCUCAGUCAAACUGUGGUAUGACAAAGUGGGCCAUCAGCUAAUAGUCACCAUCCUGGGAGCCAAGGACCUGCCUUCUAGGGAAGAUGGCCGCCCCAGGAACCCUUACGUCAAAAUCUACUUCCUCCCUGACAGAAGCGACAAAAGCAAGAGGAGAACAAAAACGGUAAAGAAAUCCUUAGAGCCCAAAUGGAACCAGACCUUUAUGUAUUCUCCUGUGCACCGGCGGGAGUUCCGUGAGCGCAUGUUGGAGAUCACCCUGUGGGACCAGGCCAGGGUCAGGGAGGAGGAAAGCGAGUUCCUGGGAGAGAUACUGAUAGAGCUGGAGACAGCCCUGCUGGAUGAUGAGCCUCACUGGUACAAGCUGCAGACCCACGACGUGUCCUCCAUGCCCCUCCCCCGCACCUCGCCCAACCCCCAGCGCAGACAGCUCCACGGAGAGAGCCCCACGAGGAGGCUACCCAUACAGAGAUCUCAGAGAAUCAGCGACAGUGAGAUCUCUGACUAUGACUGUGAAGAUGGUGUUGGGGUAGUGUCAGACUACCGGCAGAACGGCAGGGACCUACAUAGUUCCACGUUGUCUGUCCCCGAGCAGGCGAUGUCAUCCAACCACUGCUCGCGGUCGGCAGACAUGAACCGGGCGAGGUCGCGGUCUCCCAGCGUCCCCCCUCCACAGAGAAGUCUGGACCCCGGCUAUGACAUUGACCCCGCCUCGUCUCAGUACAGCUCCUCCAGUAGAGUGGACCGGCGCAGUGUGUCCGAUGACCACCACUCACCUGACAGAGAGAGAGAGAGAGAGACCGUUGAUAGACAUGUGUAUCACAGCCGGUCCAGGUCAGCUGACCAGCGUCCCGCGCUAGAGCGCACCACCACCUCCCGCUCGCGGUCCACGGAGAGGCCCGACUCCGCCCUCAUGAGGUCCAUGCCGUCUUUACCCUCCGGACGCUCCGCCCCUCCCUCACCUGCCUUAACGAGGGCGAACCCCCGCAGCGGAUCGGCCCAAACCAGCCCUACCAGUACCCCCAUGUCCGACAGGAGAGGCGGUCGGCAACUACCACAGCUUCCACCCACAGGGACCAAGGGCAGAAGUGCUAUGGAUGUGGAGGAGAGGACCAGACAGAUGAAGCUGAAGGUGAACAAGUUCAAGCAGGGGGCUGGGUCCGACUCCAGACUGGAACAGGACUACAACAAGGCAAGUCACAGAGGUUGGGAUGGUCAGCGGGGUUCAGACAACAUGUCAGCCAAGUCUUCGGACAGCGAUGUAAGCGACGUGUCCGCUGUGUCGAGAACCAGUAGUGCCUCUCGGUUCAGCAGCACGAGCUACAUGUCUGUCCAGUCAGAACGGCCGCGAGGAAAGCAGAAGAUCAGUGACUUUACGUCCAAAAUGAAAAACAGGCAGUUGGGCACGUCGUCAGGGAGUAUGAACAUGACCAAGAGCACAAGCAUCGGUGGAGACAUGUGCAACCUGGAGAAGACGGACGGCAGCCAAUCGGACACGGGCGUGGGCAUGGUAGGCGGGGACGGGGACGGGGACAAGAAGAGACGCUCCAGUAUUGGUGCCAAAAUGGCAGCAGUGGUUGGCCUCUCGCGGAAAAGCAGGAGUACCUCUCAGCUCAGCCAAACAGAAGCCGGUGGGAAGAAGCUUCGUAGCACCGUGCAGAGGAGCACAGAGACGGGCUUGGCCGUAGAGAUGAGGAGCAGGAUGACUCGGCAGGCCAGCAGAGAGUCCACCGACGGCAGCAUGAACAGCUACAGCUCAGAGGGAAACCUGAUCUUCCCUGGUGUUAGGCUGUCCUCCGACGCCCAGUUCUCUGACUUCCUGGAUGGACUAGGCCCAGCCCAGCUGGUUGGACGACAGACGCUAGCUACACCACCCAUGGGUGACAUCCAGAUUGGAAUCGUGGACAAGAAAGGAGCGCUGGAGGUGGAAGUGAUCCGAGCCCGUGGCCUUGUGGGAAAACCAGGUUCCAAGGCACUGCCAGCACCAUAUGUAAAAGUGUAUCUUUUGGAAAACGGAGCCUGCAUAGCCAAAAAGAAAACAAAAGUAGCAAGAAAAACCUUGGAUCCCCUUUACCAGCAGCAACUGCCGUUCGAAGAGGCUCCUGGAGGGAAAGUUCUACAGAUCAUCGUAUGGGGAGACUACGGACGCAUGGACCAUAAAUCCUUUAUGGGAGCAGUUCAGAUACUUUUAGAUGAGCUGGACCUGUCUAACAUGGUGAUUGGCUGGUUCAAGCUCUUUCCUCCUUCCUCAUUGGUGGACCCUACCCUUGCCCCCUUGACAAGAAGAGCUUCCCAAACGUCAUUGGAUAGCCGGUCAUAGCAGUGUGUGGACUGAAAGCAUUGUUGUAGCAGCAGCACCCAGUGCUGAGGUUAAACAUGCUGCGACAGACAGGUCACGCCCCCCGGUUACACUGCAUGCUUGAUGUUGUGUCUUCUGAGCCUGUUUCUAGGGGUGCAAACGUGAUCCUGUGUUUUGAGAAAAAUGUCGCACACAUUGUGCGUAGCGAGCGUCGCUCCCUCGGCCGGGUUGGAGCGCCAGCUCGGAUUAGAAGGCCGUAACGGACUCCUUAGCACGAGGAAUUGUCUCUAAAUCGAGCGAUUCCAGGUUUUCACCCAAUCUUAAGCCAUGGGGGUCGGAACUGGGAACCCACUCGAUGAGUUCUACAGAAGCCCUUUUCGAAUGAAAAAUCCAUGUUUUUGUUUAUAAUUAAUUGUUUUGUUUUUUGUUUGUUUUAUUGUCGAUGUACUUGUAUACCUGAAGGGGUGACUGACAGUGUUGUCCUUUCCAGAAGCUUGGUCACGCCACGCCAACAGACCUAGCUAGAUGUGGAAAUGGAACUAUGAGGAUCAUUGCAAUUGGAGAGGUGGGGUGUCCCAACUAAAGCUCAAACUCUGAAUAUGAGGCCCUAGUGAAAAUACCUGUAGGUAGUAGAUCACACCAGAGAGAUAAUACUAAAGUUACUAAAGGCAAUACAGAAGUGGCUACUGUACUAUCGACACUCCAGAAUCUAUUGAUCAGAACCCACAACAAGACUAACUUUUAUGACCCAACAUUAUUAUUUAUCUGUUGAUAUAUUGUAUGACAUUUAAAUGAAGAUUUAAAAAAAAAAAAAGAUUUUUUGCAUGGACAAAAAUUUAGCUGAAAAAAAAAAGAAAGUUAUUUUCUUGAAGCUGCGACUUGAAGAAAAACUAAUAAAACAGAUCAGCCAUUUUCAACAAUUUAUAUUAUUUUUUAAAUAUAAAUUUCACUAGUGCAUGGUUUUCAAAGGGGAGUGAAUGCAACAGCGUGAUUAAAAAAGACACAUUGUUUAUCAUUCUUUAGACCAUCCAUAACAUAAGUCUGUGUUUGGCAGACAUACAGUAAGAGAAACUAAAAUAAAAAGUUUUGGAGUUAUUUAUCCAAAAAAAACUGUUUAUGUGACAAAGUGAUGAUGAAAAUAAAUGUAAAUUAUUUAUUUCAUUGUAAAGGUUUACAAGCCUUAUAAAGAUAAACAUUAUGUGCAAAUUGUACAUGUCUCUUUUUCUCCCUUGUCCCAGGGCAUCCCCCUGAUAUUGUCCAGAGUUUCAGGACUGUUGGUUCUUUUACAGUUCUGUAUCGUUUCAAUAUGUCUUUUUUGGGGAUUUGUUUAACAAGCAUGUUGUAAAGGAUUUUCUGCAACAUGGCUUGGGCACACCUUAAAUUAACUCAGCAUGUUUUGUUAAAGAGGAUAUUUGGGAUUUUUGCAGUUUCUUGUACAGUGCAUGUCAACUUCGUUACUUUUUCCCCCUCACCUUCAAUUGAAUUCUACAGAAAAUUAAUUAGUUACUUUCAUGGCCAAACUACUAAAACGUUUUAACAAAACAUUCCACUAACCCCUAGAUCAUAUUUUAUUUCCACUUUUUCAAAAAGAAUGACAAGGAAAAAGAUUUUAUAUUCAUUGGAGAUUGACAAAAAAGUUGUGGUUGCGAGUGUAUUUUAUUUCAGUAUUGUUAACUAACAUGCAAAAAUAAUCUGUAUUGGUACAGCAAGAAGGAUAUUUAUAUCCAAGCAAGAAGGAGCAAACAUACAACUUAUGUACUGUAUAUUGCUGUGUAGUUCAGGCACUGUUUGUGAGGAUGAGCAGAACACAAGGUCAAACAACAUGGGAUGUUGCCACACUAUAUGAAUUUAGUUUUUUUGUUUUUGUGAAAAUUAAAUUAAUUUCAUAUAUUUUUAUUUGUUUAUUUACAAGCCAAGACCAGUUUAUUUUUUAUUUUUAGUAAUUAUAAAUGCUUCUUGUGUAUGGGAGGUAUAUGAAUCUUACAGUUAUGUCUGAAUGAAAAUAAACUGAGACAUUAUUCCUUUUCCAUGUUAAACCUAUACAUUCUAAUGUCCAUCCAAUAUCUUGAUGCUAUAACAAGCUAUAUACUUUCAGUUUUGAUUUACAUUGUACAUAUUAGACAUUUGAAUAAAACAAGCAAACUCAAAUAGAUGAAUAGAAUAUUUUGGAAUAGGAAUAUUGUCUCACAUGAUGACAAAGACAUAUGUUAUUUACCCUUUUGAAUGCCUUUUCUUUCUUUUGUUUUGGUGCAAUGUGUUUAUGCCAAGGCUAUGUCUUGGUGAAGUAUGGUUGAGUACAGAGAUUUAUGUAAGUUAUUUUUCAAAUAAAAAAUGGAUAU